CCACUUAUAUCCAGGAAACGCUGCUUGUAUUACUUGUUCCAGAUUGUUACAUUUGCACUUGUGACAGAGCCUCUGACUCACUGGGACCGACUUCGGUUUGUGGUACCUCCCACGUUCAAUUUCCAGACUGUGGCAUCCAACUCUAAGCCGAGUCAUAGAAACUCGGAGCGCUGCUGAAGUUAUAUUCAAAAGAUAGGGCUCCAUGCCAAACUCUUUCUUGAAUAAUCUGUACGAUCUCAGUUUGUUUCCACCUUGUCCAGUCAGGCUAUGUUCACGUUCUAAAUUGGCAUGCCACCUUUGAAUAAAUUGGUCACGGUAUGUGAACAUAAUUGUAUUUUGCGUGUUUUGAUCAAAAACACAAAACUCUG